CAAAUGGAAUUGGACGACAGACGAUGGAAAAUUUCCACGGAACGAACCUGGGUAAGUCACAGCCCUAUUAAAGAGCGCUCCCGGCCAACCGGUUCAUCAGUUUCAAAGUUGACUUUGGACAGACAGGUUUACUAUUCGAUCGCUUGACACAGUGCAAAUUUCUAUUUUACGUUCGCCGUUAUUCAUUUCGAUUCACUCAAAUCAAUUCAUCAUGAAAUACCAAAAUGGACAAAUCCGCCACAUCUUGGACCUGUCCAAGGACGAGAAGCGCGAGUUCGCCCAAUCGUUCGACACCAUCAUGUCAGACUGCGACGGAGUAGUUUGGCACUUCACCGGACCGAUUCCCGAUGUGGACAAGGCAUUGCAACUGCUCAAGCAGAAAGGCAAAAAGCUGGCGUUCAUCUCCAACAACGGCAUGCGCACCAUGGAAGAGUAUAAGCAGAAAUUUCUCAAGCUUGGGAUACCUUCCCACGAGCUGGAAAUUGUGCAUCCGGCGUUGACAACGGUUCGGUACCUGAAGGCCAUCAACAUGCAAGAUGCGGUCUACUGUAUUGCAACCGAGGUGUUCAAGGAUUAUUUGCGCAACGAAGGAUAUGUGGUUUUGGAUGGGCCUAAGGAGCAGUUCUCGGACGACAGAGCGGCCGAUUCCGUUCGUGUGUUCACGGAGUACUUUGAAGAAACUGAAAGUCCUAAGGUAGGCGCCAUCGUGAUGGAUUUGGAUUGCAACGUUUCGUUGGCUCACCUAAUGCGCGCCAAAUGCUAUCUUCAACGAAAUCCCAACUGUUUGCUGCUUGCCGGUGCUACCGACUAUAUCGUACCUCUGGGAGGUGAUGGUCGCGAUGUGAUUGGACCCGGAUACUUUUUGGAAAUGUUGGAACGUGCAACCAGUCGUGAGGCUUUGGUUCUGGGAAAGCCUGGACAAGCCUUAUCGCAGUUCAUUUUGGAACAGUUCAAUGUAACACAACCGGAGAGAACGCUGUUCAUCGGAGACAUGUAAGUAGUAACAUGCAACGCGAUUAACGAUCGAUCACUAAUAAAUGACUUUGUUUUAUACAGGUUGAUGCAGGAUAUGGGAUUCGGAUCACGGUGUGGAUUCCAGAAACUACUGCUGUUGAGUGGUGGAACCUCGUUGGAGAUGUUGAUGGCUCACAACAAACCGGAAGAGUUACCUGAUUUCUACGCAGACAGCUUUGCUGAUUUCAUUCAGCUUUACAAGGAUAUUUCGGAAUAAGAAUGAGACCCGUAAACUACAGACUGUA